AGGUUUUCGGAAAUGGCUGAUUUCCAGGUAUAGAAGCGAAAAACCAUUCAGUGAAGUCUAAAAUGUCAAAAUGAAUUAAUACAUUUCGAUAUAUUCUUAAUAGAUGGUUCUUUUAUCGCGCAAGGCUUUAUUUACCAAUUAAAGCUAUGGGAGCCUCUGUAUCAAGUCACAGAAGGAUGGAAAGUAGGCCUAAUAGUAGCAUGUCCUUGAGUGAAAGUCGGCCUACUCCUACCUCAAGACAAAAUGAGCCAAUCUUAGCAUCAGUGCCACCUAAUGAUGAAGUAGAAAGGAAGAGACAGUCAGAUAACUUGCUGAACCUCUUGUACAAUAUUGGAGAAGACCAGGCAAAGACUGAGUGUAUAGUUCAUAGAGGAAUCAGCUGUAACAUUUGUAAUGCAAACCCUUUGACUGGAAUAAGGUAUAAAUGUUCAAAUUGCAUCGAUUAUGAUGUCUGUGCGAGAUGUGAGCCACUCUGUGACCAUGACAAGAAUCAUAUCUUCCUGAAAAUAAUUGUACCAAUUCCUCCACUUGCCAAUCCCAGAUCAACAUUAUUAUCUCCUUUCUACCCAGGGAAGAAACUGCAGUCAUCAAAAAUCACAUGGAACGAAGUGCUUGAGCUGAGAGUAAUUUGCCAUUUUGAUCCAUCGGAAAUCGAAUGCCUCUAUGAACAAUUCAAGUCAUUAUCAACUCACAAAAACGGUAUCACAAGAGAUGUAUUCAACUACUGUUUAGGACCUUUGGCUAUUCGUAAAAACGUUCUUGUUGAUCAGCUUUUCCUGUUUUAUGACCGAAACAAGGAUGGUUAUAUAAGCUUCCCUGAAUUUACAAGGGGUUUAUCAAUAUUAACUAGAGGUUCUCAAAAAGAGAAGUCGAAACAUUUUUUUAAAGCAUAUGAUAUUGACGGGGACAAUUUUAUAUCAAAAGACGACAUGCUGAAGGUACUGCAAGCACACCACCAAAUAAGUGUAGAACUGGUGAGAGACGUGGUUAAGUCUUGUGAGGAGGAGAUGCUUGCAGGAUACGAGGACACAGGGAACCGUCCUAUCUCUGCUAUUUUUAACGCACCAAUUCCACAGAGCUCGCAACAUCAAAAUCUUAAUAGUAGUUCCGCUCCGGUAAAAUCUCCAUCGAAAGACGAAAAUUUUAGCAGCUGUUUUGAAAAUGAAACAGAGACUGGGGCAUCAUCGGCUGUUGAGGCCAUGACCCAAGAUGCACUGCAAGAGUUGAUGGAAGAUAUUUUUAAGACUGCAGACACAGAUAAAGACGGACAACUCUCUCUAGCUGAAUUUAAAAAUUAUCUUCUCCUUGACCCGUCGCUGAUGACAUGGCUUGAGGCGAUAGGACCAGUUUUUUAGUGAAUAAAUCUCAAUUUUCAUUUCGUUCUUGAUGUCAUGGUUUAACUUGUUGUUUCAAUGAUUUUGCAUUGGAGGAUGAGUGCGUGGUUAAAAUCGGGCAUUAAUUUAUUAUGUUUACGCCAACGUACUUUUUUGGUCACGCUUGUUUAAGCACUCUGCUGACCCGAAAGACUUGAAAUGGUAUCCUGUGCUUGGAAGAUCUUUGGAACUUGGAAAGCGCGAACUUGUCAACCCACAGAUAUCAGUGCCUCAACAUCGGUAAAGCCAGAGGUGCAUGGACUUGUGUGGCUAUCGUUAACAUUAGUUUAGCCAUGGCACAAAUAUCUCCAGUGAAGCCAGUUUAAUCACAUCAUUUUCUUUAAUAAACCCUCUUCCUAAACAACCUAUCUUUAA